CCAAUCUCUUACGAUUUUUACUGGGUGAGUGGGUGACAAUAAAUUAAAAAAGAUAAAAAUUUUAAACUUUUUUUCUUUUUUGGAAGGACACAUGAUUGUUUUUCGUAUGUUCUAUAUUUAUUUAUUUAUUUUUCUCACUGCAAUUCGGAUAAUAAUUAACAAUGAAGAAGAAAAGGAGUGGACGACAUCCUGUGAUGAGGAAGACUCUGUGAGCUACAGUGGAUUCUUUUGGUCUACUUCUAGACCGUGGCGGGCGUCAAUCCGAUGAUUUCCUGGGCGGAAAUUGCCGGUGGACGGAGCCGCCGAAUUUUAGAUUUCAGCCUUGGUUAGAGUGGGCGUGAUAGGUCUGCCGUUCUGAAGCUUCCAGGUUGCUUACCUGAACUAAGGAUUCAUGGAUCCGUCCUUCUUGUCUCCUUCAAUUCUUUUGUCUCUGCUGUGAGAUUCGGUGAUUGGAGUAGUUUGCUGUUUAAGCUUAUAAGAUUCACAGGGACCUGCCGAGCUGGGAGCCUUGAUAACUAAGAACGGCGGGGAUGGAGAACAGGGAACUCAAAAGAGUAUUUAGCUUAGGGAUGUGGGAUUUGGCGCUCGAAUGCGUGAUGGAUUACAUACACGAUCCUUGCGACCGAGCUGCGAUCUCUCUGGUCUGCAAGAAGUGGCACCGAAUUGAUUGUCUGACGCGGAAGCACGUGACGAUCGCCGUCUGCUACUCGACAACCCCGCAGAGACUCUAUAAGAGGUUUCCCGGGGUGGAGUCACUCAAGGUCAAAGGGAAGCCCCGAGCGGCUAUGUUCUUUAAUCUUAUCCCUGAAGAUUGGGGAGGCUACGCCGGGCCGUGGAUCAACGAGGCUGCUCUUAACUUUACGUGCUUGAAAUCGCUUCACUUCCGCCGGAUGAUUGUGAAGGAUGCAGACAUUGAUAUCCUGGUUCGUGCUAGAAGUCAUACUUUGCAGUCGCUGAUGCUGGAUAAAUGCUCUGGGUUUUCAACAGACGGUCUUCUUUUUAUUGCCAACUCCUGCAGAUCCCUCAGAACUUUAUUUCUGGACGAGAGCUCCAUCUUUGAGAAAAAUGGAGACUGGCUACAUCAUCUUGCAAUGAACAAUUCUGCUCUUGAGACGUUAAGUUUUUAUAAUACUGAGCUCCAGGUUUCAUGGAAAGACCUCGCGUUAAUUGCAAAAAACUGCCAGUCUCUUGUUUCUCUGAAGAUUAGUGAAUGCGAUAUCUCUGACUUAGUUGGCGUCUUGGACAUGGCUACUGGGCUAGAAGAGUUUGGUGGGGGUUCUUUUGAUGGUCAAGCUGGAGACGAUAAUAAGUACAGCAAGAUUUCUUUUCCACGAAAGCUACGUAGUUUAGGUCUCAGCUACCUGGGGAUGGAUGAGAUGCACAUAAUAUUUCCAGUUGCUGCUGCCCUGAAGAAGUUGGACCUACAAUAUACAUUUUUAAGCACUGAGGACCACUGCCAGCUUAUUCAGCGUUGCCCUAACUUAGAAGUUCUUGAGGUGAGGGAUGUGAUCGGAGACAAAGGUCUGCAAGUUGUUGGCAAGACCUGUACGAAAUUGCGAAGGCUUAGGAUAGAAAGAGGGGAGGAUGAACUAGGCCUAGAGGAUGAACACGGCAAGGUUUCACAUAUAGGCUUAUUAGCUGUAGCUCAAGGUUGUCUAGAACUGGAAUAUCUGGCUGUAUACGUCUCUGACAUCAAGAACUCCGCCUUGGAAUCCUUCGGCACCAACAGCAAAAACCUUCGUGAUUUUCGGCUAGUUUUACUUGAGAGGGAGCAACGCAUAACAGAAUUACCUCUCGAUAACGGGAUUCUUGCAUUGCUAAGGGGUUGUACAAAGCUCAGGAGGUUUUCUCUUUAUCUUAGACCUGGUGGCCUAACGGACGUCGGCCUUGGCUAUCUUGGCCAAUACAGCAACAACAUCAAAUGGAUGCUUCUCGGUCAUGUUGGCGAAUCCGAUGAGGGGCUUCUACGGUUUGCGCGAGGUUGUCCGAAGGUUCAGAAGCUGGAGCUUCGUGGCUGCUGCUUCAGCGAGCGUGCAUUGGCCCUUGUUGUGCUGCAAUUACCUUCCUUGAGGUACAUAUGGGUGCAAGGUUACGUUAUGUCUUCAAAUGGCGAAGAUCUUAUGAUUAUGGAUCGGCCGUUCUGGAACAUAGAAUUGAUCCCUCGUAGGCAAGAGGGAGGAGAAAACAAUGGAGAUCAAGUUACAGUUCAUCCGGCUCAGAUAUUGGCUUACUAUUCGAUUGCAGGAAGGAGGACAGAUUACCCUUCAUCUAUCAUUCCGCUUCUGCAAUGAUAAGGUAAGAGGAUUGCUUUUGCAGUAUAGUUGAAGAACUUGAUAGUUAUUUUAGUUCAUGUCUUCUACUCUUUCUUUUAAAUGCUUGAUCUUUCUGUGUAUUCUCAGCUCUUAUGAUAUUUUGACGAAAUGUUUUAGAAACCUAUUGAUAUGAUAUAAAUAUCUGCAUGUUUUCCGUUGA